AGAACGUAAGGCGCGCAGACUGUUUUUUUAAUCAUUAAACGUGAAAACGUAACUUAAACUAGCCGUGAACCGUGUUUAUAAUAACCUUUUAAUAUACAACAUUAACAUGUCGUACGCUAUGAUACGACAUUUACGUCGAACAGCUAUAUUAACGCAACAAAUAAGGGUCGAAAGCACCAUGACCAACCUAACCCAAGAAGAUUUUGUAUUUCGACCUCCAAUGGCCCAGUGGAGUAAAAUUAUUAGAGAAGCUGAGAAAAUAGUUGGAUAUCCGACAUCCUUCAUGAACUUGAGAUGGUUAUUGAGUGAUGAAUUCGCCAAUUUAGCCAUGCACUUACGUAAAAUUGUAGGAAGCAAUCAUCCAAUUAUGAAAACAGCUAAAACUGUACUAUACAAUGAGCAGAAUAAUUUGCAACCAUGGGGCCUCAUCAUACUACUACUCUCUAAAGCCAUCAGCCCAACCACACACUCCAUACAAAGCACCACACUUAUAGAACACCAACGAAUGUUAGCCGAGUUAACGGAGAUGAUUCGCACGGGCCACUACAUACACAGAGGCCUAUUAAACAUACCCAUUGAAGAACAAGAUAAAAAACGAGAUACAUCUAUGUUUGCUAACAAAAUUGCCAUAUUAAUUGGUGAUUAUUUGCUCGUAACCGCUAAUGGUAUGUUAGCCCGCUUAAGAAAUCAGGACUUAUCUUAUUUAAUAUCUACAGCAUUACGUGACAUCAGUGAGGGAGAGUUCUUCGGACCAAGGGAUAGUCAAAAUAUGCCAUUGCCCGGUGAGCCAGUGAAUAAAAAUGUAGACAACUUUAAAAUCAAUUGUGAUACAAUACCACUGAGUGUAACAGACAUACUCGGCUCACCUAUAUCCGAAUGGACUUUACGGAAUAUGUACAAUGGAGGAUCAUUAUUUGGUCGAGGUUGUGAAGGUGCUGUGUUGUUAGCUGGAAAGAAUGUUACCGAGCAGAAAAAAGCUUAUCUAUUCGGCUGCCAUUUAUGUCUAGCAUGGCAAGCCGCUAGUGAAAUUCCAAAAUUUUCCCCCGAAAACCAGGAACCAUUUUCGUUAGUUAGUGCUCCUGUAUUAUUUGCUUUAAAUGAAUCCCCAGAACUAUAUGAGAAUUUGAAAAAUGUUAAAAACGUAUCUAGUAUUGAUUUUAACGAUUUGAAAGCAAAAAUAUCAAAAACAAAUGCAAUUGAAAAAACAAAACAUCUUUACACAGAAAAUGCUGAUAAAGCGAAAAGUUAUAUUGAAAUGUUUGGUGAUAAUGAAUCUGUAAAUACUAUAAAGAGAUUAAUAAAUACAAUAUAGUUAAUAAUUAUAAGCCGGGGAUGUGUGAUAAGUGUGUUUAGCUGAAAUUUAUGACUUUUGCCUAAUGUAUAAUAGAAAAAUUUAUAUAAAUCAUUAAAUUCAAUAAUGCUAUUGAACAGCAUGAAGGUUCAAUCCAUUGAAAUUUUUUAAUUCAGAGGCGGAAUGUACAUAAAUUUUGAAUUAGGUUUUGGUUGUCUAUAAAAUAAGAAGAUGUCUAUGGUCCCACAAUGUUAACAUUUUAUACAAACAAUUCUAUGACUUGUUACGUUUCGACCUGUUAAUAAGAUAAUCAAAUAUUAUAUCACAAAGUGAUAAUAUAAAAUACGUAGAUAAGUGAAAUUUUUAAAAUGCAGGUUUUACUUGACAUGUUUUUUUUUCUUUUUAGUGAUUUAUGUUUUUAGUAACAAUUUGGGGAUUAACAAUAAAUUGUGCUAAUUUUUUACAUUUUUAUAAUAGCAUUAGAGGUGAUAAUCGUGCAUUUCUUGUAAUUUACCCAAAGGUUUAAUAUUUUUUGUAUUGUUUAAUUUUUUUUUAUUUUUUAAGUAGAACACAUAUCAACCAGCGUGUUAAAGGUAUUACAACCAUAAGCCAAUAAAACCACUCAGUCGUUUUUACACAAAUGUGGCAAUGGCUUUCCGAGUUACAUCUUAGCUUCAUUAUAUGAUACAUGUGCACGACAAUGCUUUUGCAUUGUCAACAACAAAGUCACUCGAAGCUAAGACCAGAGCCAUAAUUACGCAAGUAUGGCCGUAACAUUAUUGUAAGUCGUUCUAUGUCGGACACUUCCGUCGAUUUUGAUCGCACAAGUGUUCUAUUUUUAUUAUCUAUAUCACAGAUUAAGUGUUUGAUUACUCUUUUUUAAAUCUUUUUGUUAGUAUUUUUUUAAGCAAUAUUUUUUUGUGAUAGAUAAGAAUAUUUUUGUGAUAUAUAUAGUUAAGCAAAUGUUGUGUUGAAUAAAUAGUAUGAGACGUUAAA